CAGCAACAAAAAUAGCAGUAACAAAAACAGCAGCAGCAACAACAGCAAUAGCAAAAACAGUAGCAACAAAAACAGCAGCAACAAAAACAGCAGCAACAAAAAUAGCAGCAACAAGAACAGCAAUAGCAAAAACAGCAGAG